AUGAAUUCUCAAGUAAAGAUCCACAAUUUAAAGAUUUCUCAAGAUAUUUGGGAUUGUUCAGAUGAAGACUUAAUUGAUGGAGAUGAGUGAAUUCCUCAAGUACCUCACUUCACAAAGCAGUUUAGCAAUACUCUAAAGCACAAUAAGGGUAGCACUUAUCCAGCUGAUUUUGAAGACUCUAUAGAGAGUGUUGCGAGUCCUACAUUUGCCUGUCUGAAGCCUAGAGAUGAAGAAUUUGCUGAAAGAUUUCGAGAGCAAAAGAACAAAAGAAAAACAAAGAAGAAGCUGAGAGAUUGUAAGCCCAAAACCUUUGAUGCUAAGACUUCAUCUAAAUGAAAAGGCCUCAACCUCUCAACUAAAGAUAAGAAGUUGCUGAGGCGUAUUUCUUCGAAGAAAAUUCUCCAAGUGUUGCUCACAUAGA